CAACGUAAAAUUGACACAUGACAAAGAAAAAUUGAAUAUUUAAAUACGAAAAAAGUUUUGGAAAGUUCAGGUCCAAUAACUACAGAAGUUCGUCGGGAUAAAUUUCGAAUAAAAUUGGCCAAUGUUUGUUUCGAAAUUCAACGAGCUGUCAUCAUUUCUCACCCCCCUCUUAUUGAACCUACACGACAUAUUGAAGGUUUUAGUCAUCUGGUGUGCGCUCUCCUGUCAUAAUUCUGUUGUCGAACGAAGUUUCCUCUGUUGUCCUUUUUUCAAUACAAUAACCUGAGACAAUGACAAAACUGUGACGAAAGCGGGCAAUGCAAUUGUCCUGCGAAACGCGAUGACCGAUGUUUUCGGUUGCAAUAAAGUGCAUCAGCGAAUUGAUUCCUCACGAUUCAGUGAAAAACUUUACCUCGCAAUUGCUAGUCCCAAAUAUAAUAAAAAUGGACAGUUUAUUUACGCCAAAUGUGAAUGAGGAACCAGAGGAUAUUCCUCUUACUCAAGAACCUGUCUGGAUACUUGGCAGAAAAUAUAAUGCCCUCAAAGAAUUGGAAACUAUUAGAAGGGACAUCACAUCAAAAUUGUGGUUCACAUACCGCAAAGGAUUCGUUCCAAUUGGUGGUGUUGGUUCCACUUUCACAUCUGACAAAGGAUGGGGCUGUAUGCUCAGGUGUGGCCAAAUGGUUCUAGGUCAAGCACUGGUGUUCUUACAUUUAGGUAGAGACUGGCAGUGGAUACCAGAAACAAAAGAUAGCACGUAUCUCAAAAUUUUGAAUCGUUUUGAAGACAAAAGAGCUGCGCCAUUUUCCAUUCAUCAAAUUGCUUUGAUGGGGGCUUCAGAGGGUAAAGAUGUUGGUCAAUGGUUCGGACCAAAUACUGUCGCUCAAGUACUAAAGAAACUCGUUGUCUACGAUGACUGGAGUUGCAUUACGAUACACGUUGCUCUCGAUAACACGUUAAUUGUCAAUGAUGUUUUGAGACAAUGUCGAGUUGAGGGUGGCACAUCAGCUGUCGUCGAAGGUGACGAGCCUUUGAAAGCACCAAGUCAAUGGAAACCUCUAUUACUACUCAUACCUCUGCGGCUUGGUUUGAGUGACAUUAACCCAGUUUACAUAAAUGGCCUUAAAGCAUCAUUUCAAAUCCCCCAAUCGUUGGGAGUUAUCGGGGGUAAACCAAAUCUUGCUCUUUACUUCAUUGGUUGUGUUGGAGAGGAAGUGAUUUAUUUAGAUCCUCAUACUACACAAAGGUUCGGUUCCGUUGAUCAAAAAAUGGACGAGGAGGACAUUGAAAUGGACUCGACAUACCAUUGCAAAACUGCCAGUCGGAUUCCAAUCACAGGAAUGGAUCCAUCGGUUGCACUUGUUAGUGCUUUUUCUGACAGUUUGCCCUGUUGCUUUUCACGAUGUUUCUUUUGCCCCACGGAAAAAGAUUUCAAAUCGUUAUGCAGAUCGAUGCAGGACGAAUUAAUAUCACCGGAAAAACAGCCAUUGUUUGAAAUCUGUGCGGAGCGACCGGCGAAUUGGUCACCUACGGAAGACAUUGCCACCGAGGCCUUGGGAAAUACAGCAACUAAGCUUUUUGAUCUCGACCCGCUCGAUCGACAAUACGAUACAUCGGACGAAGAUUUCGAACUGUUAGGUUGACGUUGGGUUACGAGAAAUAUUUUUAUUACGUCACUUGUGCCCGACGCUCAUUUGUCGUUCGAUCAUCUUCCGAGACGAAAUACGAGUACGUGAAUCUCAUGCGAGAAAGACAACGGAAGAACGAGAUUAAUAAAAAAAUAUACCAUUUUACCAUUGUAAAUAACGCGUGAGUUUAAACUGUAAUGAGGUUCGAAGAAAAUCGGCAAUAUCUUUAUACAGUUAACGUCACCCAAUUUUGCACUUUUGAACCUCGAUGUUUUUAUCCGUUAAAAAGCUAUCGCGAAAUUUAAAAGUUAUAUUCAUACAUAUAACGAGUUUUUAAUUUCAAGUAUUUGAGGAUCAAACCCAAAUAAUCGUAAUAUUAACAAAUAAUACAAAAUAAAUAUACAAAUAGUUGAUAAGAUUGACACACAAUUUUGUAAAUAUUCUGUAUGUAAGCUUACGUUUUUAUCGCUUCAAUGUGAUUGCACACCGUAAUAUUUCUUCACAAUGAAAUAUCACGGCGAAAAAGUCAAAUAUAAUCCACUCUCCUGUUUAGGCGAGCGGUUCACUCUUAAACGGGAAUUCAAAACUACCGCUCCAAACAACAGUUAUCUCCGUAUGCUCGGUUCAAAGUCACUUCGAGAAGAUCAAAAUAUUCAUUCGAAAUGUCCGCAAGAUUAAUUUUUACAGAAUAUUUUCAAUAAAUUCUGUUUCUAGUUCAUAAUGCGAAAUAUUUCACCAUUUUUGGUAAGAAAAAUAUUGCACGCUGAGAUUCUCAGGCUUUUGGUUUAGUAUAAUACGUCGGAAAUAUGUCGAAAAAAAAAUGCGAGAAACAAAACAAUGGCAGACCUUUGGAAGUGUUUUGAAUGAAAAAAUAGUUCAGAUUUUUUCAAUGUUUCUUCACUCGUAAACGAUUAAAAGUGAAACUCUCGUUUCAUUAUUUCGGUGUACCUGAAGGGUCAAAAAUCCAAAAGUAGAGACUGAAAGGUAAUUAAUGAGGCCGAAGAGAAUAUGAAUCGCUCGCCCCGAAGCUGUACGUAAGAAAUCCUAGUUGUAUAGGGAUUCUUGUAAGAAUUUUUACACGGGCUCGAAUUAACGUACGUCAAAGCUUCGAAUUAAAAAAAAAAAUCUUAUUGUAAAAAAAAUCAAAGAACAAUGAACAAUGACAGAUUGGCUUUAAUUAUCGGUUGAUGGGCCCAUAAUGUUAAAUAAAUUGCUAAACGUGAUUCGAA